CUCCCCUCUUCCCCAAAGUCAUUCUUUUGUCAUAAUCUGCGACCCUCGGAAUUUUAUUUCUCGUUACUGCUAGAUGAGAAUUCGAAGAUAAUAAUGAGCUCUGUUCCAUAGCUGGGGUACAACUUUGCACCGCCAUGUCGGAUUCUCACUCUAGACCGGACUUGUCACGGUAUCGCCCAGUCCUCUACCUGCUCACGGGAGUUGUCGCCGCCUACGCUCUCGUUUAUGUUAACAACCAGCUUCUAUCGUCUUCAUCAUCGCAGUCAUCUCUUCGCCGCCGGAGAGCUGUUCGCCGCACGAGACGGAAUGAGCCCGAACCGCCUGCCGCCGCCGAAACACCCUCCUCUCGCGCUAUCGCCCACCUCGAACAACUGGAACGCCAGAAUGGAGUAUACGGAACUUUUCGCAUAGAGACGGAAGAUGGUCGCCGGGUGGAAAGCGGCUUGCUGCCGUCGCUACUGGCGACGCGGGACCAGCUGAUGGAGGAAGUCGGAGUCCCCGAGGCGCAUGCCGAGCGGAUGCGCGAAAUGAUGGAAGACACGUUUUUGGAGUCCUUCCUGGCCCUCGACUUCCCGCCGACACAUGCUUUGGAUGAUGGGAGCCCCGAGCGAGAAUACUUGACCGAGCAGCUUCAGCAACGGGGAAUCUCUCGCGCAGGCAUCGAGCGGGCAUUGACCCGGUUUAACGCGGACAACAAUUACGGGGACGAACUGCGACGGCGUCGGCAAAAUGGCGAGAGAGUCACGCUAUCCACAUCGACUUUCCCGGAUGAAUCUCCGCCCGCGAUCAAUAUGGAUGGUGGCGAGACGGUGGUCGAUGAUCAGAGCGUCUUUUCGUGGCGCGACGGCAACAACGAGUCUUCUCCGACGCGCGAAGGUCAGAACUUGCUCAACUUGCUCUAUCACAUUGCGGAGGAUCAGGCCCGAAGGGAUGGAUACAUCCACAGAGGUGUGACGUGCAACAGCUGCGGAGCCAUGCCCAUCCAAGGCAUUCGGUAUCGCUGCGCGAACUGCAUUGACUACGAUCUCUGCGAGACAUGCGAGGCCAUGCAAGUACACAUCAAAACCCAUCUUUUUUACAAGGUCCGGAUUCCAGCGCCAUUCUUAGGGAACCCUCGACAGUCUCAGCCCGUGUGGUAUCCAGGGAAGCCGUCUAUGCUCCCACGCAGCCUACCUCGAUCUCUAGCAAAACGUCUAAUGAAGGAGACUAGUCUUGAGAACACGGAGCUUGAUGCGCUCUGGGACCAAUUCCGCUGCCUUGCAAACCAUGAAUGGAACGAUGAUCCCAAUAAACUCUGCAUGGCUAUCGACCGCAAGACGUUUGACCGGUGCUUUGUUCCCAACACAUCGAUCCGCCCUCCCCCGCCUAGUCUCAUAUAUGAUCGGAUGUUUGCAUUUUACGAUACCAAUGGCGAUGGUCUUAUUGGGUUUGAGGAAUUUCUCAAAGGUCUCGCCAGUCUCAAUAAUAAGAGCAUCGAUGAAAGGAUGCGUCGCGUUUUCCGUGGCUACGACAUCGACGGUGACGGUUACGUCGAGCGAAAGGAUUUCUUACGGGUAUUCCGUGCCUACUACACCCUCAGCAGAGAGCUUACUCGUGACAUGGUUGCGGGUAUGGAAGAUGACUUUUUAGAGGGCGGCGCACGAGACGUCGUUCUAGGAAUGCAACCGAUCAGCUCCGCGUUCCCUGGCAACAUUCCCUCUGGCGAAGCGUCUAGAACCGGGGAAGGAAAACGCAUGAACUCGGAAGGGGAUAUGGAUAUCAUUGAUAGCGAAGGUGUGUUGAGGCCCGAUGGAACCGACACUGGAAAUCGACAUUCAGUUGUUGGAGAUUCUGCUGUUCGAACCAGUUUCGGCAGCGUGCGUCCGUUGUUUCCCUCCGUGCGGCUAUCGACGCCAACUGGGCCCCGUGCAUCGGCCAGAAGGAGCGAAAAUUUCGAUCAUCAUGAUGAUGAUGAAGGCGGUAGCUCUGUCGAUGGCUCGAGCUCGUCGGUGGCCACUGACCGCUGGCCUCCCGCUGAGCACAUUCUUGAGGAAGAUAUUGUCAGCGCUCUUGGAGCAGCUGUGCCCCUCGAAGAAGUCACCGAUCCGGUUGACAGAGCUCGCAUCGACACAGCCGUGUAUAACAGGAUGUACGAUGAUGACCAGCGGCAAGUGGAUGAGGUCCGCCGACACGGCAUCGAUGAGCGGUGGCGCCGAAGAGCAUUUUAUACCGAUGAAGAAGACGGGGCGACUGCUCCAGAGGGUUACGAGACUGACCCUGAUGCCGAAAAAAUGUCCGACGAAGACGCACUCGAUGAUCAUUUUGAGUCUCACCCGCCGUCUCCCCGGUCUCGAUCAUCAUCCAAGGUUCGUUUCCAGGACGACAUUACGGAUGACUACGACGUGCGAUCCAAUCCGUCGACAUCUUCACGGAGCAUAUUGGUUGGUGAGAGAUGGGGAGGGUUUGAAGUCCCCGAGGUUGAGAAGGACGUAGGAAAGGAGAUUCUCUACCAGGUGACUCAGCAAGGCUUCAACGAGUUACUGGAUAUUCUGUUCAAGCCGAAGGAAGACUUGCUCAUGGAAGCCUAUGACACCCGGGCUGAACGCAAGUUCUGGGCCCGAGAAAUUGAGCUGGCCGAGCAGCGUCCUGAAAAUCAAUUCGACCAGAUAUUGAAACGCGAGGAGAAGCAAAGGGCGGAGGAAGAGAGUAAGGAGACCGAGGAAGACGAGAAGAACCCAUUCAGCGAUCGACCGCUUGAGGAGCUUCUUGACCGUGCGGGAUAUUCGAUUAGAAGCCCCCCUCUUCAGCCUCUGCGAGAUAGCCCUAUUUUCGCUCCUCGAUCCCCCGAGCUGCGACUCCCGGAUGACGACGUCCGGCCCACACACCUCGCACAGCCUGACGAGGUGGAAGAAGAAGCCGAUGAGGACGAAGAGGAGGAAGAAAGCGAGGACGCCGACGGACUUAUUGUCUUGACCUCGCCAGAGAUACACGCCGACGAACUGGCCCUUCCACCGGCCACAUUCCCUCGAGGUUCUUUAACCAUGGAAGGGAGACAACCUGCCUUUGUGGAGACAGAUUUCGAUCCUACUCUGCCGCAACAUCGUCCUAACGAAGGCACUCUGGAUGCCUUUGACUCCGGCUCCGACUCGUCCUCGGUCCAUACCAUCUUCGACGACGUCCAGCAACACAACCUUCCCCCCGAACUCCGCUUCCCACCCCAAGGCGCGGCCUCCUUCUUUGGAACCUCGUCGGCGCCCGCCUCUCUCGCAGCAUUCUCGCCCGAAGCCGAGGCCACCGCGCCCAAACACUCCCCCUCCCCUAUCCAACCUCUCCCUCCCACCGCCAGUCCUUCGCCUCCCCGUCGAAACGCCGCGCCUCAACCCCCCUCUCAACUGGUCCUCUCACGGUGGGCGUACUUGAACUACAUCGAGCGCCAAGCACAUCAGCGCGGCGGCAGCGGUGCCAAGCUGAACUUCGAUGAAUUCACGCGGCGCAUGUCCGCCGAUCGAGGCCGUCGAUUGGCAUUUGUCGCCAGCUGGAUCGAGAUGGCCAGCUUUUAAUCCGACUGGCUGAUGAGAUGGCUUCUGAUGUGGGAGAGCUCGGGAAACCUCUGUACAGUGAUCUUUCUUUCCGUGAUGACUUGGGCUCACAAAACAUGCUUAACAUUUACAUUCAUGAAGAAUACCAUAUCAAUCUCUAAUCUGAAAUCAUUGACAUUCG